AAAUCAUAUCAGCAUUUGUCUACUCUGUAGGAAAUGGCCAGCUUAUCAGAAAUAAAAAGUACUGCACAAAAAUGUCUGACUGGUGCAAAGAAUGUGCUUUCCACAUCGAAAAGUGCAAAAGAGCUUUGUGCAGCUCUCGAACAAAUUGCAAAUCUGCUGCUGCAAUCAGGGGACUCAUCACAUUUCAAAGAUGUUCUCAGAAUUACUGAUUUGCCUAGCCAUGAUUCGGAGUUAGCGAAACAAGAGAUUCAUCAGAGCAACUAUGUCCAUUUUCUUAAUUUCUUGUGCAAUAUCCUGAGCUUUGAAUGGUAUGGAAACUUUGGGCGCAGUCAAGAAGGCAACAGGUUGUUCAACAAAUUUUUCCUGGAAGGUCUCCCUCAAGAUGCCCUGCUUGUAUUGUGUGGAGUCGUACAGAAUAGCAGUCCAAGCUUCAAACAGAAGAAAUGCGUCAUGCUCCUGGAAGAAUUCUUUCGCCAUCAUCAGCUGCAGGCAAUGUUGUGUUCCACGUGUGAUGUCUUGCCUGGGUCAACAAUCUGUCAGUCUCCCACCGCUGGUUCAUCCAGGUCACUGGCACCGAGUGGUCAAAGGUCACAGGUCAUGACUGUCCUUGCGACCCUACCUGACCGGAUGGCUAAUGCACUGAAGAAAGAAUGCAGUGACUUCUUCCUGCCAGAUCACUUUAUUCCAAUGGUUGCCAAGGAGAUACUACAAACAUUACACUAUGUGUAUGAGAAAUUAUCAAAGUCUGAAAAUGCUUCCCUACAGUUUGUGAGUGAGCUGAUUGGUAGAUUAUGUAUUCAAGGUCACACUGAGAGGAUUUUUGGCGUACUCCUUCCACAACUUCUGAAGUUGACCGCCUCUGAUUUUGUCUGGUCUCGCAUUGCUAACCGAAUCUUCGCUGGGGCUCCAGAGCGGAGUUUAGAAAUCAUCCUUGAAUACCUACUCAGACAGUGCCCUUGGUAUGGCUAUGUCUCUAGACUCCUGUGUGAUGCUGUCCUCACAAAUUCCAAGAUCAACUUCCUUCUCACCAACAAGUUCUUGCUCCUGCGUCACUUUGCGGAUGUUAUGUUCCCGCAGAAUCUGAUUGGCUAUCUGGCUUCCUCACCUACCAGAAGACACUUGAUAUUGAAGGUGCUGAGGAGUGUGUUGAGUACAUGGGGUGACCGGUCAGCUGUGAAACAUACAUCACACAGCCAGCAUGCCUACCUGACCAUGGUCAUUGUCAUCUGUGUUGGACAUCUUAAUGAGGCGGAGAAACAGAAGCACAAAGGAGACCUGACCACUCUCUUGAUGGGUGGGGUAGAAGCUCAUCUUGAGAGCCCCAUCCUCCGGGUCAGAAGGUUGGGUAUGGUGGCAGCAGAGAUCAUGGCAACGACCCUUGACCCCAGUGGCCCCAAGUUAACCUUCGAAUGCGAGGAGGAUGAAGAGAGUCGGUUGCUCUGGUCCUUGAUCAAGCCCCCUGAAGAUCCUGGGCUGGAUUCACUCAUCAAGGAGAUGGAUGAAGUAGCUCUUGUGCCUGAUCCACGUAGGCCAGGUGGAUCUCAAGACCCGUUAGAUCCUAGAAUCCCUGAUGCACUGAACAAGGAGGAGGAGGAAGAGUUAGACAGUGAUGAUGAUUUUGAACCGUACGACAUGUCACAUGACACCAAGGUCACAAAGGUCAAAAUACCAGUUUAUGUCCGGGACUGCAUUGAUGGUUUGACUGCAAGAGAUGCUCCUGAGCUGACUGAAGCAAGCCUCAAGGUGGCGGAGAAACUCAUCAGAGCAAAACCAGAUGAUUUAAAGGAUGUUAGCAGUCAAUUUGCAGCCAUCUUACUUCACCUUGAGGACCAGUACAACACUGAUAACUUCAGAUACCUAAGACACUCUGCUAUGGUGGCCUUAGCCGUCAACUCCCCUCUUGAGACAUCAAGUUAUCUGACCGGAGAGUUCUACAACAGAAACUACAACAUCAGACAGAGGAUGGAUAUAUUAGAGGUAUUAGCUGCAGCUGCUCAGGAGCUUUCCAAACCCUCAGAUGAUGGCCCAUGCCCUACGGCCUCCAUGGAUAGAAGUACAGAGCUCCUGAAUCCACAAGGACAUGGACUCAAAGAGGAACAUGAGGAGAACUGGAGAGACAUUGUAGAGAAGAGGAUUGAAAGCAAGACAAGGAGGUUUGCAAAGGGUCCAAGCAAACCAGCUCCAAGUCCAGUCGCCAACCGUUUUGCUCCGAUGGCUGGCCAUUUUUUCUUCCCACUCCUAAAGGCAUAUGACAGUAAGCUGAACACAAUGGACUUACUAGGAAGUGACUUUCUACUCUUAGGAAGGCUGAUGUACACGCUAGGAAUCAUCAUGUAUGCCGCACAAAAUGCACCAGUAUGUCGUCAGAUGGCUGUUAGUUUGCUGGAUCUGAUAUGGUCUCUCAGGUACCACACUGAGCAGUAUGUAAGGCAGUCCUUGAUGUUUGCAGUUUCCAUGGUUACACUGAGUGUUCCUGCCCACCUACUGGUGACUGAUCUCCAAAACGACAUUUUGGAAUGUCGUCAUUGGUUACAAGAUAUUUUGGAGCGAGAUCCUGAGCCUGAAUGCAAGGCCCUAGCUGGUCAGACUCUAAUGGUCAUUGACUCUACUGUUAGCAAGGAGCUGCAAUGUAAGAUAUGACACCAAGUUGGACCAGAACAUGAUUUAAAAAGAGAUGUCAACUUCCUACGAGACGAUGUAAAGGCAGAUCCAAGAUGGGGACCAUCUCAACCUACAGGAGUAGCAAUCUGCAGAAGUCUUGGAACACAUACUGUAGUAUUAGAAUCCUUCAUUGGCUGCCUGCACGCCAAAGAAUUGCUGUUAAGAUCAUACUACUAGUCUUCAAGUCUCUCAACCACCGAUGUCCCCCGUCAUAGCUGACUGCUUGGUUCGCCGUCCUCGAGUCCGAAAUACCCACUCAUCAUCAUCAUCCAUCUAGCUCACUCGGUGUCUCUCUAAGAAACGUGCUGGUGAAUUGUCUUUUCCAUCGGUUGCUAUAUCAAAUAUCUUUUGGAUUGAAUUGGAUAAAAAGGUCUGUUUUGUACUAAUUCAGUUAAACCUGACCCCUGAUCGAAAAUUUAGACCUCAGACUAACUUCUUUUUUUGAACCCGACUUUGAACAAAAGCCAGGGCAAGUGUCAGGUUUAAAUUUGAGUAGAAUAUGGGCAAGAGUUUAUAAUGAAAGUCUGAUUUAUUUAUUUUUAAAGACAAUGGAGUUACCGGAAAAAUGUUUCUAUGAGAACAUUCAGAAGAAGGGAAGGGUAAAUUAUAUGUUUUUUUCACUUUUGGAACGUGAGCUAUUUUUCAAUUAUCAGAGCUAAGAAGGACAUUCUCGUGAAUAUCAAAGUAGUAUUUCAUUGCGUCACACGCAUUGCUCUCCUUUUUUCCACCCCUUAGACACUACACACAAGCGUGUGCAGGCAUAAGACGGAUGGUUUCUAAAACCAUGAUGUAGCCAUCAAGGAGUAUGGAUCACAAAAUUAUCAGUAUAAUUCUUAUAAUGUUAAUGAUGAUUCAAAUGCUUUGCAAAACAAAACUCAAUUUCAAUUCUUUGUUAUGCCAAUAAUGAUGCUUUUGUGAUUAUGUAAGUUUGAUUUGUAUCAUUGUGUUUUUUAAUGUAAACCAUGUAUACCUAAUAAAUCCUCUGAGGCAAAGAAGGAAAAAACUGGUGUUAUUAUUGAAAUGUUGAAACUGGUGUAAUUAUUGAUAUGUUGAAAUUGAAGAAACUGGUGUUAUUAUUGAUAAGUUGAAAAUUAAUUUUGGUUAUCUUGAAAGAGAAAGAAAUUGUUGUAGGGACAUAUUAUGCAUCUAUAUUUGUCAUGUUCUAUGGGUUGGCAUCAAUUACAUCUGUAAAAGUUUAUUUGAAAUAACAAUGUACCCCUCCAUAGCUGUAUAUGUAGCAUUGGCUCCUUAGGGUCAUCCAACCUAUACAUCAAGCUACUCUUAAAAGAAAGCAGAAAAAAAUCAGAGGAGCAAAACUGGUGAAAGUUUGAUUGAAAUCGGACAAAAAAUAUGAAAGUUAUGAAUUGCACUCAUUUCUGUUCACAAAUCCUUCAAGUUGAAUGUCAGGGCUAUGCAAUUUUUAGACGUUUCCUUUUGGAUUCACUUAAUUUCUGGAAAUCAUUUAUUGUGCUACCAGAAUCGGUUACAGGCUGAAGAGUAUUUUAACUCCAAUGCUUCGUAUUCUACUAAUUUAGUGAUAACCCACCCUUGGUAUAAGAACACAUGUAACAAAGGAAGGCUUCAGACCUCGGUCUAUCAUCAUUAAAUCUCGAUAUUGAACCAAA